CGAACUCAGAUCUUCCCCAGUGUCUCCGCCUUUUGCUCAUCAUCAUUAAUUAAUUUCUGGAGCGCAGAUAUGAGGUUCUCGACAGCAUCGGGCGCGAUUGCGCUUUCGGCGUUGGCGGCCAGCCAAGCGCAGGCGGAAGAUGUUCUCUACAGCAGACACCUUGCGAAGCGUGACCUUGAUGCUGAUAAAAAUUACAACAUUACUUUCUUCCACGUCAAUGAUGUCCACGCCCAUCUCGACGAAUUCUCAUCGUCAGGAACUGACUGCACCCGUCCCGAAAGAGGUUGUUACGGUGGUUAUGCUCGCAUCAAGACCGUCGUUGAAGAGAAGCGACCCAACUACAACGACAGUCUCUGGCUCAAUGUUGGUGAUGAGUUUCAGGGUACACUCUUCUACUCUUUCUAUGGUGGCGAGAAGAUCGCCGAGACCUUAAACCAGAUGAACUUCUCAGCCAUGACCCUUGGGAAUCAUGAGUUCGAUGGUGGCGAUGAGGAGCUCGGUCAAUUCCUGGAAAACUUGACAUUCCCUAUCAUUUCGGCCAACAUCCACUCGCAGAAUGAGAAGGUCAAUAAGUCGGUCAAGCCAUAUCACAUCUUCGAGGAGUAUGGACUAGCCUUGAUUGGUGUUACUACCGACGAGACUCCCAGCAUUGCGAACCCAGACGAGACAACUGUCUUCUCUGACGUUGUCGAAGCCGUGCAAGGCGCGAUCGAUGAGAUUAAGUCUACCACCAACAUCACCAGGAUUGCUGCCAUCACGCACAUUGGAUACGAAAAGGACCAGGAGCUUGCUAGGGCUACCAAGGGCCUGCAGCUGAUCAUGGGUGGUCACAGUCACACGCUCCUCGGCGACAUGGAGGAUGCUGAGGGUAAGUACCCUACCAUUGUUGACAACGCGGACGGCGACGAGGUUUUCAUCGUCACUGCGUAUCGCUGGGGCGAGUACAUUGGUUCCAUUGAAGUCACAUACGAUCCUCAGGGCAAGAUCCUUUCCUACCAGGGCGCACCCAUUCACAUCACCAAUACUACCGAGCAGGAUACCGACCUCCAAGCUCAGAUCAAGUCAUGGCGCGGCCCCUUCGAGGAGUUCGCUGCUGAAGUUCUUGGCACGAGCGAAGUUGAGCUUGACCAGACCACUUGCCAGCGCCAAGAAUGCUUGCUCGGUGACUUCAUGGCAGACGCUAUGCUUGCUUACCGUAAGAACAACACCGAGGAUGUUGACUUCGCCAUCAUUAACGCUGGUGGUAUCCGCGCAACCAUUGACCAGGGUGACAUCACCCGAGGUGAGGUUCUGACCUCUUUCCCCUUUGGCAACUCCAUUGUUCAGAUCGAGAUUGACGGAAAGGAGCUGUGGGAGGUUCUCGAAGGUAUCGUUACUGGUGUUAACGUUGCCAAUGGCAAGGAGGUCACCUCGUUCUUCCAGGUCUCCACCGGCAUUAAGGUCGAAUACAACCCUGAGAACAACAAUGGCAGCAAGCUCGUCGCUGUCACUAUUGGCGGCCACCCUCUUGACAACGGCACCACCUACCAGGUUGUCACACUCGACUUCAUCGCUGGUGGUGGCGACAACUUCUUCACCCCAACCGCCGACUUCGUUAGUCUUGACACUCAGGACGAGGUCCUUACUCAAUACGUUCUUGCGAAGACCCCUGUCAACAUUGAGCUUGACGGACGUAUCGAGGCUGUUGAUCACCAGCGCAACACCACUGCCGGAGGUAACGGAACCACCAACGGAACUUCGCCUUCUGGGACUGGCAGCCCUACCCCUAAGUCUACCGGUGCUGCCGUGCAGCUUGGAUCGGGCCUUGUUGGUGCUACCAUGUUCGCUGCCAUCGCUGGCCUUCUGAUGCUCUAAGAAACCUGGAAACGAUAAUGUAAUAGAAAAGUCACGAUUAGCUUUGAGCGACGCAUUCUCACG